AUGGCUAACUCGUGGAACAUCCUCGAUGAGAUCGAGAUCUUGCUGGCCGACGAGCCAGCACCGAAACCAGCGCCGAAGCCUGCUCCGAAGCCGUCACCACCGGCACGCGUGAUCCCCAAGGUGGGGACCACGAUCCAGCGAUCCGACCGGCAGCAGCAGAGGAAGGCUGCUUUCUUGGCCUCGCCACCGCCGCCACCACCCAAGGGGCGGAAACGAGAGCCACCAGACCCCGCGUGCACCAUCACGCACACGGCGCCGCAGGAACGUAGGCCGACCAGACCGGCGGCCAUGCCGACCACCGCACCGCCGGGACCAGCCGUUACCAGCAGACGGCCAUCUUGGGCCGUUGAAACUCGGCCGUCAACGGCCGCCGCCGCACCGCCGACAUCACCAGCCGCCGCACGACGGCCGCUACCAGCCGCUGCACGGCCGCCACCAGCCGUAGCACGGCCGCCACCAGCAACUACCAGGCCACCGCCAGCAGCUACCAGGCCACCACCAGCCGCCGCACCACCUGCGCCACCAGCAGGAAGG